CGAUAUAUAGCGAAGCCCCCAAAGUAGUCGGAGAAGUGGAGCCAAACGGUCAAGACGCGGAGCUCCGCCGAAAAAAUUCUGAUAGCAGGGGGCGAGGGGACUACAAAUCGCAGCCCGAAUCGCGCUUCGUGGAAAAGAAAAGCAACAAAAAAAAAAAAGAAAUUACCAUAAAAUAAUUGCAGAGGGCUCAGCGUUGGCCCAAAACCAUAUAAACGCGUAAAAACGACAAAGCAACAGAGCAAAAAAUAUAAAAAGUUUCCAAAAAAAGUGUUUAAAAAAAAAAAAUGUUUCGAGUUAAACAAAAAUGCCAAUUAUGGGCAGCCUGAGGCGCAAGAAGGAGAGAGACAGGACAACUCUGGCUCUUCCCUGUUGUUGUGUGUAAUGUGCGAAACGAUUUUCCUCCUUCGAUGAUGUCCUUUUGCUUGUUUUUUUUUUCGGGAUUUUUGUGCACAAAUAUGCACAGGCCAUAGAUACAGCCAAGAACGGCCUGCAAAUGGGCCUCCAAUGAACCUCCACCAUUAAAUUGGCAAAAAAAAAAAACGAAAAAAAUCAAGAACAAGGAUAACAAUUGCAGAUGAAAGAGAGUUUCAUCUUCGGUUUUUUCUGCUAAGAAGGAAAAACAGCAAGGAAAUAAUAACCUUGAAGCCUUUUGGCCUUCUGGCUCGCAACUGAGCCUCAACUGGGGCUGGCGUACAACAUGGCGUAUGGUUAACGCGGGGAAGGAAAAACAAGCCAAAUAAACGGGGCAAAAUAGUACGAAAACAUGUGCAACAAAGUGUAUAGUGUGUGUGUGUGUGUGUGUGCGUGUGCGCGAGUGUGAGUGCCAAAUAAAAUAUUAAGCAAAUAAAUAAGCCACUCGACUAUACAACUGGGCUCCUGGACUCUGCUACUGUCUAUGCUCCUGCUCGCAUUCAAAGUCCGAUUCCCGAUGACGCAUUCGAGGAGAGUAGGGCAGGAAGGUUAAAUUACACAAAACGUCAAAUUCGCCACGUACGACAGAGAUUUCGGAGUCGGGCCAGUAGCCAGUAGCCAGUAGUCCGAAAUUCGGUUUCGGAGUCCUUGCUCGGGAUACGGUUACGGUUACGGGUACACGGGUACGGGUGUACGAAAUACGAAUAAGGGCACGGAGUACGCAAGUUUGCCAGAUUAUAGGCGUGCAGCUCGGCGGAGAGCAGAGAACGAAAUCCGUUAAUCCAGCAUGUCCUGCAGCUUCCCUGAAGAGUCUACAAAAAUAUUACAAAAAAUUUAAGAAAAUUAAUAAAAUCAAAUAGAAAAAAUAUUAAAUAUUAAAAUACUGCACCAGAAAUCGAAAUAAAAAAUAAUUUAAAAAUUUACUCAACCGAAAAAUUUGCUCUCCAAAAAGAGAGCGGGAGAGGAGAGCUUGAGAGCGAGGGACAGAGAGGGAAUGAGAGGGAGAGAGUCCUGAAACCGAACCGAAACUCACCACGAUAAAAUACAACAAAGGAGGAGGCGAAAAGCAAAAAAAUACUUUCACUCUCGCCACAACGUGGCGGCAUCGAGGGGCAGGAAGCGCAUAAAGUGACAGGAUCUGUGGAACUCAAAGGCAAACUCUUUGCAUGCCACAAGCAGCAGCAGCAGCAGCAUCGACCAGCUGACUGUUGCAGGAAGCCUGUCAGCAGGACAACAGUGGUGCGGACAGGACCAGCGUCCGGUCCUGUCACAAUCAAUUCAAUAGGAAGCCCAAAGCCGCCACCACCACCACGAGCACUGGCCAGCACACAGAGCCUCAGCCAGUAUCCUCCAAUAGCCACACACUCGCACACAAACCAGAGCAAACGGCAAGCAACGGCAGUUUUAAUGUAUCCUUAGAAUUUCAAACAGCUCCAGCAGUGUAAUGCGCCUUGGGGGCAGUGGCAUUCCAUACGACGGCGACCCCCUGACAAUGAGCGCAGCUGGCAACGAUUAUGCCGAACUCUGUGAUCUUGGACCCUCGCGCUGGAGCGCCCGAUCCUAUGGAUACCACGCCAACGCUGCAGCGGCCGCUGGCCUGGGGCUCGGACCCUCGGCCGGAGCCGGAAGCUUGGGCGGUCUCAUUGCGGGCGCCACGCAGUCGUCGUCGAGUGUGCCGACGGGCGGUUCGGCGGGCCUCAGUGCGCACCAUCUGCGCGGAAGUGGAGCGGCAGUCGCCAGCAGCUAUGAGGCGGAGGACAUUGGGCUGGCCUUCGGCAUGAUAAGUCCGCCGCCGGGCAGCGGACCCUACGGCGGAUCAGCAGCAGCGGCGGCAGCGGGGGGAGCACGUGUCGGCAACAGCACCAGCUCGCUGCGAGGUGGGGGUGGACGCUCUGGGCUGUACUACUCGCCGCCGGGCACCUCUUACACCAUCAUCGAACGCCCCCACUCACCGCACUACUACUACAACUCGGCGGGCGUGCCGACGAAGGGCGGAUCCCUGCCUGGACGCGGCAGCGCCUACCUCAGCUCCUCACCCGCCAGCCAUAUGGCCGCCGGUACGGCGGGAACCCUGCCCACUUCGACGGCCGCCAGCGGGCGGUCGAUGGGCCAGCACUCGGGAAGCAACGGCAACAAGAAGCGACCCAUAUCGCCGGAGCAGGUGCUGCGCAUGUUCGGGGCAAGUGCCACGCAGUCGUCAUCAGUUCCUACGAGUAGCUAUCACUACAGCAACGGCGGGACGCGGGAUCGCACGGGCAGGCGUAGUCCGGCCAGCAGUCCGCCCUCCACAACCCACCAGAUCUAUCGGGAUCGAGAGCGGGAAAGGGAUCGCAGUGUUCCGAAUAUUCAUGAGCUCACCACCCGAACUGUUUCCAUGUCCCGUGACCAGCAAAUAGAUCAUGGCUUUGGAAUCUGCGUUAAAGGAGGAAAAGACUCAGGCUUAGGCGUUUACAUCUCGCGCAUUGAGGAGAACUCGGUGGCCGAGCGCGCCGGACUGCGACCCGGUGAUACAAUCCUAGAGGUGAACGGCACCCCAUUCACCUCCAUCAAUCACGAGGAGGCGUUGAAGAGAUGUGUGCAGAUAUUGAAAUCGUCACGCCAAAUCAGUAUGACGGUGCGCGCACCGCCCACGCUGAACUCGACCGCCCCGCUCCACGGGUUCGGGCCGCCUUCGCGGGACCCCAUGUACGCGUCGAUGGCACCCCCCCUGCACCCACAGAACCAGGCGGCAGCAGCGGCGGCGGCCGCCUCCGGGGCGGGGCUGCCCUUUCGCCAGACCUGCUCCUGGAUGGACCGCCACGGCCGGCCCGCCUCCCCGCCCAUGGAGUACGGGGGCAGGCGCAGCGAUCGAAGGGAUCGGAUACGACGUGUGGAGUUGCUCAUCGAACCGGGCCAGUCGCUGGGCCUGAUGAUUCGCGGCGGAGUGGAGUACGGUCUGGGGAUAUUUGUGACCGGCGUGGACAAGGAUAGUGUGGCCGACCGGGCCGGACUGAUGAUCGGCGACGAGAUCCUUGAGGUCAACGGGCAGUCCUUUCUCGAUGUGACGCACGACGAGGCUGUGGGCCAGCUGAAGUACCACAAGCGCAUGUCCUUGGUGAUACGUGACGUAGGCAAGGUGCCGCACUCAUGCACCUCCAUCGAGAUGGAGCCCUGGGAUGCUUACAGCCCGACGGGAACGAGAGCUCGACGAAAAGGUCAAAUUGCGACCAUGGUGGAGGAGAAGGCUCGCUCGCUGCUGCCACGUCAUCACUUUGCAAGCCUUUCGUACUACAUUGCCGAAUAUAGUGCGAAAGCAAUGACCAUAGAUGCCUUUGUUGCCGUCUUAUUAGAGAUGCUAGACACGUACGAGAAGCACACGCUGGUGACGGAAAUCCGGGAACUUGUGUUCCCCGAGGAUCGCACGCGAUACGACGAGUUGGUGUAUCGACGGGAACGCGAUCCUUACAGCGUGGAUAGGCAUAGGCGUAAGGGAGACCCCACUCGUGAUUUGCCGGUAACUGCCGACGAUUUGGAAAUUAUAGCCGCCACCGGACGGAGUCCUUCAUCGGACUCGGGCCUGGGCAUGACCGUAACGGAUAUACACAAACGACCCGCUCUACAAUUGCCACAUAGGCCCAUGUCGGCGGGACCCAUACUGCAUCGCUCACAGCCAGCAUCCCAUUAUCAGACAGCCAGCAACCAGUCCUCAUCAUCAUUAUCGCCACCACAACAGCAACAGCAACAGCCACUGCCACAACAACAGAAGCAACAUCAACAGCAGCAACAUUAUCCACCCCAUCAUGCCUCAUUGCGUCAUCUGGGCGGUGGAGGCGGCAACGUGGGAUCCGGUCGUCAUCAUCACCUCCACCAUCAGUUGGGACCAGCUCAAUUGAAAUUCAAGCAGGCCAAAGACAAUCAGCAACAGGAAUACGGCUGUGAUGAGCACAGAACUCGCCGGGGCAGCGAAACCCUUUUACCGGAAUACGAACAAGACACGGAACAGGGCGGCUACUUAGAUGGACUGCGUUCACAUUUGGGUGGUUUAACACAACGUGUCAAAUCAUGGUAUUGGGGACGACCUCUAGAGUUGGCCACAAAACUCUCACGAAGUUUCGAUAUGAAGGAAGAAGGCGGCACAUUGCUGGGCGAUAAAGGUGUACGAAGGCAUCAGUCCAUGCAGCGUCUGUCAGCGGAGCAGAAUGGUGGUUCAACGACUGAACAAACACAUGAACACAAUCCAAACGUCGUACCUGAUCAUAGAGGCAACUUACACAUUACAGUUAAGAAAACCAAACCAAUUUUAGGUAUUGCUAUCGAAGGUGGUGCUAACACAAAACACCCGCUCCCUAGGAUAAUCAAUAUCCAUGAAAAUGGUGCAGCAUUUGAAGCGGGCGGCUUAGAAGUCGGACAACUGAUACUGGAGGUGGAUGGAACCAAAGUGGAAGGCCUACAUCAUCAGGAGGUUGCUCGACUGAUAGCCGAAUGCUUUGCUAAUCGUGAAAAGGCUGAAAUAACAUUCUUAGUUGUCGAAGCAAAAAAAUCAAAUUUGGAACCGAAGCCAACAGCUUUGAUAUUUUUAGAAGCCUAACAUUUGCUUGCCCU